AUGAAUAUUAAAAAUACAAAAAAUGAUGAAAAUGAUAAUUUUUGGAAAAAUCAGUUUAAUGAAAUAUCAAAUAUGAGCCCAGAAGAAUUGAAAAUACAUCAUUUACCUAUAUCUAGAAUAAAAAAAAUUAUGAAAGAAGAUGAUGAGAUAAAAAGUAACCAAAUGGUUUCUGCUGAUACUCCAGUAUUAUUAGCUAAAGCAUGUGAAUUAUUCAUAAUGGAAUUAACAAAUUAUGCGUGGAAAUAUACAGAGGAAGGUAAAAGAAGAACUUUACAAAGACAAGAUGUAGUAUCAGCUGCCUGUAAAAAUGAUACAUUUGAUUUUUUAGUUGAUCUAAUACCAUUGGAAGAUAGAAUGAAAUAUGUUAAUUUGAGCAUGAAAGAAAAUCCUAAAAAAAAUAACAACAAUGUGAAUUAUGAUAUGAUGCAACAAUAUUAUAACCUAUAUUCUUCAUGCACUGAUAAAAAUAGUAUGAAUACACAAAUUAGUAGUAAUUUUAAUAAUAGUACAAAUGAUAUAAAUUCUAUUUAUAAAACUAAUAAUAAUGACACUGUGUUAAACCCCUCACUCAAUUUAUCAAAUAAUUUAUUUUUGAAUUUAAAUCAAAACAGCUAUUUUUCUAAAGAAAAUUCUAAUUCUAAUAAUAAUAAUAAUAAUAAUGUUUCAACAAAUGAACAUUUUAGCAAUAAUAACUUGAAUAAUAUUAAUUUAAAUAAUUAUCCAAUUAAUAGUAAACCGAGGCAAUAUAAGCAGGAGCAUUUUAAUAAUAUAUUAAAUGAUUCCAAUAAUAAUAAUAAUGAUAUGCAUCAUAAUAUGCAAGCAAAUUCAUCUAACAAUAUUCAAAAUAGUAUGCAAAAUAGUGAUUUUAUUAAUUCUAGAAUCCCUGUUCAACAAAUUCAACAAUUAAGAAAUAAUUUUUCUUAUCCCAUGCAUCAAAAUAUUCCCAUGCAAAAUCAUAAUCAUUCUUCUAGUUUAAGUUCAAAUAUGCAUUUACCAUCUUCACAUAAUGGAGUAAAUGACGAAAUAAAAAAACAAAAAUUACAUCGAAGUCAUCAGUCAAUACAGGAUAUACAUAUUUAUGAUAUGAAUUCUAGUUUUCAUGGAUACCCAUCAAUAAAACAAGAGGAUAAAACAAUAAAUGAUAUUCAAUCACAACAGAGUUAUUUAUAUAAUUAUCAAAAUGGUACAAAGAAAAUAAAUAACUUAAUUAAAAAUUUACCAAAUAAUAAUUUAAAUGAUAAUAGUUCGAGAAACACGUCUUCGUGUUCUUCUAUUGAUAUGAAAAAUAAUAUUAGCAAUGAAAUACCAGAGACUUUGGCUCGUAAGGUUUCUAAUGAUAUGAAAAGUAAUUUUAAUAAAAAAAAAAAUUCACAAAAUACUAUUAUUAAACAAAAUAAUAUUAUUUUAAAUGAUUUUAGUACUAUCACUAAUGCUAUACAAGGAAAUUUGAAAAAUGAAAUAAUCAAUUCUAUAUCUAAUAAAUCAAACGUAGAAUUAAAUAAAGACUUAAUAAAUAACUAUUUUAAACUUAAUAAUAACAAUACUAAUAAUAACAACAGUAAUCCUCAGUUAAGUAAUAUACAAUCGAAUAACAAUCGAUUAAAUAGUAAUAACCAAUUAAGUAAUAAUAACCCAAUGAAUAGUCAUAUGAAUAAUUCAUUAAAUAAUCAUAUAAAUGAUCACUUAAAUAAUAAAAUGAAUAAUCAAUUAAAAAAUCAAUAUAAUAAUCAAUUGGCUAUUCAACCAAAUAAUCAAAUGACAAACUCUAUGAAUAAACAACUAAAUUCUAUAAUGAAUGAAACAUCAUUAAAUAAUGUAAAUGAUAAUAUUUUAAACGAUAUAAUUACCAAUUCAGAAGCUAAUAUGACAAAAAAUCCUAUAAAUAUAAUUAAUCAGAAUAUAGAUAAUACCAUUGUGCAUAAUCAUUUAAAUAAUAUUAUAUCUAAUAUGAAACCAAAUUUCCAGCAAAAUAUGAAAGUUAAUAUUCCUUCAAAUAUGUAUAUUAAUUCGAACUCUCAAAACUUGCCUCCUCAUCAUCAAUAUGUUUUACCAGAAAAUAAUUAUAUAUGUAAUUUUAAUCCGCAGCAAUAUCAUAAUAAUAAAAUUAUGAAUGAAACUUUAACAGAGAACUUUUGA